AACGUCUACACCGCCGCCAUUUUGGAGCGGUAUUAGCUCGUGAGCAGAAAUGACAGAAUGCCUCAAUACUGUGCAGCUCUGGGAUGCGUGAAUAAGCGCACAGCGGACACAAAAACCAAGAGAAUUACAUUCCACAAGUUUCCUAAAGAAAAAGAAUUGAGGAGGCAGUGGGAAGUUGCUGCGAGAAAAAAAGGUUUUUCCGCCACAAAGUCCUCCGUCCUGUGCAGUGAGCACUUUAAACCACAUGACAUUGAUGCUACCGGCCAGACUGUCAGAAUAAGAGAAGGUGCCAGACCAUCUGUCUUCAACUUCCAGUACCGUCUACAAAAACAUGUGUUUACCAGGAAUACUAAAACCUCCAAAAAGGCUCAAGAGAGAUUGAAAGCGGAGUCUGAAUGUUCAGGAAAUUUGCAACAGGCUAAACCACCAUCAUUACAUCUUCCUAGCGUAGAUCACUGCUAUGCGCUGCCUGCUUCUCCUGCCGAUGUCAAGACCAGACUGACUGAAGCCUUGGUGAGGGUGGAGAGUCUGGAGCACGAGUUGAGGAAUGUUAAGGACAGAGAACGGAGGUCCAAGAACACUGUGUUUUGUCUUCUGAAGGAUAUGAGGGGCAAAAACCUUAUCAAUGAAGAUCUCAAAGAGAAGCUGCAUUCAUACUCAGACUUUCCAGUCCACCUCUUGUCCAAACAGGGCAGUGAGUGCACUAAAGACCAGAGGGAGUUUGUACUCGACCUUCACUUACAUGGUCCAAAGACUUAUAACUAUUUGAGAAAAUCUCUCCAUCUUCACCUUCCACAUCCACACACACUGCAAAGGUGGGGGAACUGUUUGGUCUCCAAACCUGACCUUGACUCAACUUUGGAAAAGAGUGAAGAAGUAGAAGAAGACAUGAGAGCUUCAAAUUAACAUAAUAAACUAAAUGAUGCAGCAGUUAAGAUAUUUAACCAAGCCCUGUCACAAAAACUUGAAUAGUCUAUUUAAAACAAGAGGAUAGGCUCCAGCACCCCCCACGACCCUGUAAGGGACAAGCAGUAGAAAUGGAUGGAUGGAUAAAGGUCCACAAUCAGAUGACAGGAAUACCUUGAACCUGCGGUUGUUCUUCUAGCCAGCAGAGGGUAGUAAAAGGCAAAAUUAUCCUUUUUAUAAAGGACAUGUACAAAUGUGCAUAUACUGUUUAUUUGUCGAUAUGAUUGACACCACAAAGAUUGUAUUUGUAUAGCACAGUAUUAAAGUAAAUCUUGAAUGUAAAAGUUCUACAAGCUUUCAUGUUUGCUUUUAAAUGUCUCUUGAGACGAAACACACACGCGUAGCGCUUACCUAAUGUCUUGUGAGUGUAUGCACACUGAACCCAAGAAGUGCUGACCUAAUUCGUGCCUGCAUGUGACAAAUUCUGAUGAAAUGGCCCAAACCGCUAAGACGUGUUACUCACUAGUACAACACAGAUGUCUUAAUAAGGUAUGCAGCCACAAGAUCCUUGUGGGAGAACAAAAUAUGA